AUGGGAAAGAUUAAAGAAGUAUGGCUAUUUCUUCAAGCAAUUGCGUGCUUUAGGCUUGCUCAGUAUUAUUUAUAUGAUUUUCGAGUUGCGGUAGGCCCUUCAAUGCUUCCUACUAUUUCAGAUGCAGGCGAUGUGCUAUUGAUUGAUAAAUUGACGCCAAGAAUCAGAAGUUUGAAAAAAGGAGAUGUGAUUUUGGCAGAAAAUCCUAUGAAACCUAACAAUCAGCUUUGCAAAAGAGUUAUAUGUGGGCCUGGAGAGGUGGCUGAGGUUGAUGGCCAGGAGUAUUUGGUGCCUGAAGGGCAUAUUUGGAUUGAAGGGGAUAAUAAAUCGCAAUCAUUUGACUCAAGGAACUUUGGUCCAAUAUCUAUAGGACUUGUUGAAGGAAAAGUUGCAUAUAAAUUAUGGCCUAAAAUUGAAAAGUUAUAA